CUCGUCUCUUAAAAUUGGAUUUUGCUUCAUAUCAAUAUCGUCACUAGGCCAGCUCUCCAUUUCUGAUCACCAGAUCUGCCGCCGGUGUUAAGCUUUCAGGAAAAGGAGAUCAAAUGGGUCGUGGAGUUAGUGCUGGUGGUGGGCAAAGUUCUUUGGGAUAUCUUUUUGGUAGUGGAGAGGCUCCAAAGCCAGCCGUUAGCAAUGCUCCAGCUCCUCAGUCUGACACUCUGCCUGUGAAUGCUGAUCCUUCACCUAAACCCGCUGCUGCUCAGCCGGCUAAUGUCACCAAGCAAAUACCUGCUGGUAUCAGUAACUCCUCUACAAACAACUACGCUCGAACAGAUGGACAGAACACAGGCAACUUCCUUACGGACCGGCCAUCGACCAAGGUACAUGCGGCCCCUGGAGGCGGCUCAUCUCUGAAUUACCUCUUCGGUGAUGGUCGAAGCAAUUAGCAACUUGUCUUUGUCCCGUCGGAAAGUAUGUCUCUCAUCUUCUUUCUGAACUUUGUAAAAGAAAAGAGAUGAGAAACUUGGUACUGCUGGCUAAGAAAGGUCUCAUCUUUUUCUACCACAUUGUUCAUUUUCUCGAAUCUCGAUCUGGUUUUUAGAUUAGUGAAAAUUUUCGUAGAACUUUCUCACAACAGCAUAUUUGAUUGUAUUUGUCAAAUAUGAAGACAAAGUGGACGCA